GUUUAGGGAGAACAUUAGUUUGCCAGAUGGAGAAGACACAGGUUGCGGAAGACCAACGUGUACGUACUGGUGUUUGUAGGCAGUUUAUAAACGGCUCCUGCAGGUUUGGUCAGCACUGCUCUUACCUGCAUGAAUAUCCUGUUGUGCCAUCAGUUCAAGUGUGCAGGUACUUCCAGAAAGGAGGUUGCUGGUUUGGAGAAAACUGCCGGUAUCUUCAUAUUGCUGGUCCUGACAGUGGGUCUUCUGGUGCAAGGCGUGGCUCGGCACCUGUAGUUCAUGCUUCUGCUAUCCCAGGUAAUGUGUCUUCUGCUCGACGUGGUUCUGAGCCUUCACUUUUCCCCGAGCUGGGUGCAUACAGCUGGAGGCGAAGAGGUUCUGAACCUGUGGUCACAAGUUUAAGCCUCCAGCAGACUUCACAACGUCCAACUACAGAUAUUGCUGAAGAGGAAGAGCAUGCAGUGUUGGAAGCGGAGUCUAUACUUCCGCAGCGAAAGGAGCGGAUCCAGCCACAGGAGAGUAAUGAGCCAUGUCCCAAACCUUUAACUGGCAAUAGUGUGGACAAUUCUAUGGUUGUUGCAUCUGAUCAACAGAAAACUAAUUCUAAAACAGACCAGAAGGGAAUCAAUUUGCAGGAGAGUGGUGCAGCAGCUUCAGUGGAUCAUGGACAAUCUGAGGCCUACAAUCAAAGCAAGGAUGUUUCCUGUGGCAUCUGCAUGGACAAGGUUUAUGAAAAAAGCACAGUACGAGAAAGGCGCUUUGGAAUCUUGCCUAACUGCAGUCAUGCCUUCUGUCUUGGCUGCAUCAUGACCUGGCGAAAGACCAAAGACUUUCAAGAAGAGGUCAUCAAAGCCUGUCCACAGUGCAGAGUGAAGUCCUCUUUUUACAUUCCCAGCAAGUACUGGGUUUGUGAAGGUGAGCCGAAGGAAGCACUGAUUGCUUCAUUUAAAGAAAAGAGCAGUAAAAUAAAGUGCAAUUUCUUCAUGCGUCAUGGAUGCUGCCCCUUUGCGUCGGAGUGCAUCUUUAGCCAUGAGCUACCACCUGGACACAGACCCCAGCGUAGAUAUUUUAGGCCCAAGAAUGCUUUGGAGUUGCUGGAGGAAAUGGAUAGUGAGGACCAACGACUUUUGAGCUAUCUAAUUGCCCUGACCUUUUUGGAUGACGAGGACUUUGAUUUUAUCCAAUUUGAGCUGGUUUGAUACUUUGGGCAAAGCUUUGAAUGCUUCAUGGAUACUAGGUCAUUUGGUUUUUGUGCUCCACGUUCAGACAUGAUGCAUUCAGACCCCUUACUUUCCAAUCUGUUAAACACUGCUUAAGAUAUUGGAUUGUCUAAAUCUGUCUUCAUUUGGCUUUUGAGUUUUAAGAUGGUACUGACAUUUUGUGUUUGGAAGGGGGCAUUCUCGAAGUGGCUCUGCUUUUCUCUUGGAAGCCAGAUCAAAAGUAUUCUGUAACUUUCUAAAGUCUGAAUUGUCCUAUUUGAGUUUAAUUGUUUACAUGUUGGUGUUGGCUCCUUAAGGACUCUUGUAGUAAAAUUUGCACAUUUUUGUAGAUUACUUGAAUAGAUUUUAAUAGUGUUCAGUUUUAUGUUUACAUCAGGCCAGGGUGCUGAACGCUGGUCUUGAAUUUCUUGUCCAGUAUAAUUUGGUAAUUUGCCUACCUUAUUACCAGUGUGUAUUGGAAUAGAAAUUAAUCAAACUGUGCUGGGCAUCAGGAUCAGUUGGCCCUCUGGCCUGAAAUCUGCUUUUUGGGCCAUGUCUGUUAAACCAAAUACUACUGACUGAUUUAUUUUGAACAUUGCUUUAGCCUAAGAUUACACAAAUGUAACCUAUUGUCCAAAGCCAGUCAACACAAUGUAUAAGACUUGGCAUCACAUUUUAUGUCUUUUUUAUUAAGUGUUUGCUUGAAGGGGAAAAAAAAAAAGAUAAGAUAAUAAAGUGUUUGGCUUGCCUUGCUUGUUCUGGUUUAUUCUGUGCAAUAAAGACCGCAA